UUGGCUCAGAGAGAUAGUAGCUUUCCAUUGGGGCGCGCUUUCAGGCAGGUAUGGCGCGCCAAUCCGGAUACGACCGCCACAUUACCAUCUUUUCGCCCGAGGGCCGCUUGCAUCAGGUCGAGUAUGCGUUCCAGGCAGUCAAGAAGAACCAGAACAUGACCUCUGUAGCUUUGCGAGGAGACGAUAGUGUUGUCGCAGUGACCCAGAAGAAGGUUCCGGAUAAGCUGAUGGACAAGGAUUUUGGCACUCACCUCUACAACAUCACUCCGAAUGUUGGCUGCCUCAUGACGGGCAUGAGUCCUGAUGCUCGAGCUCUGGUGUACAGGGCGAGAGAGAUCGCAGCCAAGUUCAAGGAUAAGAAUGCCUACGAAAUCCCUGUCCAUUACCUUGCCUUGAAGCUUGCAAACAUUGCACAGGUGUACACCCAACACGCCUACAUGCGACCCUAUGGUGUCAGUACCAUCCUGGUUUCCAUCGAUGACGAGAAGGGCCCGUCGCUCUAUCAGAUCGACCCUGCUGGUCAAUACUUUGGGUAUAAGGCUGCAGCCGCUGGCACAAAGGACCAAGAGGCUCAGAACGCGCUUGAGAAGAUUGUGAAGAAGAAGAUUCAAUUCACAGAAGCUGAGACCAUUCAGCAGGCGAUUGGAUGCCUUCAAGCCGUCAUGGGUAUGGACUUUAAGGCUUCGGACAUCGAAGUGGGCGUCGUGUCAAAGUCCAGGAAGGGAUUCUUCCGGUUAACGGAGGCGGAGAUUGAUGCUCACCUGACAGCCAUUGUGGAGAAGGACGCGUGAAGCGACUUCCCAAGAUUCUGCUUGCCUCAGGAUGAAAUCCUGAGGCAAGCGUUUCUGUGACAGAGGCGAGACUGAAUUCGAACCAAAAGCACC